UAAAAGAACGCGAUUUUUGCAGCUUGAUAGAAGCUGUGGUUGUUUGAAAGUGAUUUGAAAGAGUUGUUUGAAAGGGAAUUUCUCACUAAUUAUCUUAACCAAUCCUUCAAAAGUUAGUACGGGCAUCGAGCGGAGAAGGGAAAAAACCUACAGCACAGAUACAAACACGUCUGCGCGCGUCCUAGAGUAAACAAACGCCCUCCCGUUCGGAAUAACCCGGUAAAUUAGCCUCGAUGAUGGUCCCUAUUGGCGGCCCUGUCGGACACGGUGGUCAUCCGAUCCACAUACCGACCCCAAUUCAAAAUGCACCCCCACAGUCACAGAGCCAGCAUGCUCCGUCCAGCCAAAAUCGACAGUCACUUUCGGUGAAACCUAACUAUACCCUAAAGUUUACGUUGGCUGGGCACACCAAAGCCGUUUCGGCGGUGAAGUUCAGUCCCAAUGGCGAAUGGCUAGCGAGUUCUUCCGCUGACAAGCUCAUCAAGAUCUGGGGUGCCUACGAUGGCAAGUUCGAGAAAACAAUUUCCGGUCACAAGUUAGGUAUCAGCGAUGUGGCCUGGUCCAGUGACAGUCGGCUGUUGGUGACCGCUAGCGACGAUAAGACGCUAAAGAUUUGGGAGCUAAGCUCCGGCAAAUGUUUGAAGACGCUGAAGGGACACACCAACUAUGUGUUCUGUUGCAAUUUUAACCCACAGAGCAAUCUGAUCGUAUCGGGUUCAUUCGACGAGUCGGUUCGGAUUUGGGAUGUCCGGACGGGAAAAUGUCUGAAGACACUACCUGCGCACUCGGAUCCAGUAUCGGCUGUUCACUUUAAUCGGGAUGGUUCUUUGAUUGUGUCCUCCAGUUAUGACGGGUUGUGCCGCAUUUGGGACACCGCCAGCGGACAGUGUCUCAAGACGCUCAUCGAUGACGACAACCCACCGGUGUCGUUCGUAAAGUUUUCACCCAAUGGAAAGUACAUUCUGGCUGCUACGCUGGACAACACGUUGAAACUGUGGGACUACUCCAAAGGCAAAUGUCUCAAAACUUACACCGGUCACAAGAAUGAGAAGUACUGUAUUUUUGCCAACUUUUCCGUUACCGGAGGGAAGUGGAUUGUCUCGGGAAGCGAGGACAACAUGGUUUACAUUUGGAAUCUGCAGAGCAAAGAAAUUGUCCAGUGUCUACAGGGCCACACCGACACGGUCCUGUGCACGGCAUGUCACCCAACGGAGAACAUCAUAGCUUCGGCAGCCCUCGAGAGCGAUAAAACGAUAAAGCUGUGGAAAAGCGACACAUAAAAUUGGGCCCGCAGGCAGUUGGGUGACCACCGGCCGUGAAUCCUAGCAUCCUGCUGGCGCUAAUUUUGUGUGUCCAUAUACCUAUCUACUGCUACUUCUACUACUACUACUGUUACUACACCUCUAAGCGUAAUUCAACGUAGAAUAAGUUUUGCACCUUCGAUUCACUUACUAUUGUCACAUUUUUGAAUGAUAAUGUGUGAAAUUAUCCAAUAAGACAUUUUGACUAAAUGUAAGAGAAAUAUAAUCCAGAAAAUAAUAAAACAAUGAUAUAAAAUUA